AUGGUACCAGAGUUAGGUUUUCGAAUUGAAAAUUUUAGGGCGCGUAAGGUUGAAGAAGAUGUCAAACACAAGUUCGAGUCCGACGACCGCAAUUCGGGGAUCAAGCAGCGGAGCGAACGCGGCGGCUACGGCGGUGGUAGUCGCAGCAGGAGGGGUAGGAGUGACUAUGACUAUGAGAGGGCCAUGCCCACCGACAACGGCUACAGCAACAACGAUUACAACAUCAUAUCACGAACAGCAAUGCCCGCCAACAGCGGCGGUGGUGUACCCAGUAGCGUCCUCCGGCCGCCGCCUCCACCGCCACCACUUCCCUAUCCUACUCACUUCCAUCCUCCUCUUAAAGGCCUCCCCCCUUCUCUCCAUCCCAAGGUUGCUUCAUCGCCAUUUUCACAUGCUGAAACUAAAGGAUAUAAAGGUGUUAGGGAGAGAACCAAAGAUGAUUCUCUUGUCAAUGUUAGGGACCGAAAGGUCAGAAUAUCUGACGGGGCUUCGAUUUAUUCUCUUUGCCGUUCAUGGUUGAGAAAUGGGUUCCCAGACGAACCUCAGCCCCAAUAUGGAGAUAUUUUCAAGUCUCUUCCACAACCUUUACCUAUACCGGUUACGGGUAGUUUGCCAAAGGAAGCAGAAGAUAGAGAAGAACAAGUAGAGGAGGAUAAAAAGGAGGACGAGCAAUCAGUUGAGAAUUUGUCAACAGAAGAUCUGUUGAAAAGGCAUAUUAAUCGGGCUAAAAAGGUUAGAUCAAGGUUACGACAAGAACGUUUGAAACGAAUCGUGAGAUACAAAACAAGGCUUGCACUUCUGCUACCUCCCCUUGUAGAACAGUUCCGAAGUGAUGCUGCUGCUGCUGCUGCAGCUGCAGCCUUAGGGAACUGAUGGGACGAUUAGCAAGCAUCCGAAGAAAGCAAUGACAUACAGGGGCCUCCUGAAUUCCUGAUAUGAUGAGUUUAUUUUAUAUAUAUGGUAGGUUUUUUUUUUUUUAAUAAUAGAGUAGGAACUACUAGAGUGUAAAGGCAGUGACCCAAGUUUUUAUGUUAAAGUGUGAGUGUUAUAGUUUGGGUUUAGAGCUUCAUAUUGAUUUGUUAAUGGUGUGGUAUUAUUGGCUUUGGAAUAGGUUCUCAAUAUCAAGGGAAGGGUGGAUGGUUAAAAACCACACCCUGUUGGUUUAGUUACUACUAAUUACCUUGGUUUUUAUUAGUAUGAAUAAAUAAUUACUUUAAUUAACUAAAUUUUAUAGUGAUAUCAUUAUAUA